UGGUGGAGCAAACGAUGACGACGCUACGGAUGUUGUGCGGAUGAUGCGGGAUGGCCGAAAGAAGAGGGCAAGUUGGCUGAUGGUUGACAGGAAAUUGGAUAGAAAUGAAAGGGAAAACGUGUGCUAGAUCAUGGCCUGCUGGCGAUGUGUUGGAGCAGCUUGCUGGAAGUUUGAAGGCAUUCGAGACUGGAACAUGUGUUGAAAGAGAUUAUCCAGUCAGUGCGCUGCACUGUGCGUGUGCGUGUCACCGUCAGGGGAUCGACCUGUUGUGUGCGCCACGCCCUCAUGGGCGUCCGGCAGUAAAUAUCUGGCCUAGUUAAUUUAGCGACAUUGAAUCUCAUUCCAGAU